AUGCGUCUCUGUCUCCUGUAUAUACACCUGGGACGUUACUUUGAUAUUCUCGAGCCUGCAUUGCUGCAAUCAACAGCUUCAUUUUAUCGUAGAGUCAGCUCAGAGCGACUGCUGGGGGCCCCCAAAGCAAAAGAAGAGGGGGCCCCCCAGGGGGGCCCCCAGGGGGGCCCCCAGGGGGCCCCACAAGGGGGAGAGGAGGGUUGGCUUGUGGGGGCCCCCCUAUCUUCUUAUUUGCAAUAUGCUGCUGGUGCUCUUUUAAGAGAACAAAGGAGAAAGGAGACAGCUCUACACGGGGCAUCAGGAGACCCUUUAUUUUGUGUUUUACUAGAGGAGUUGGUGAAGAGAAAUAAAGAAGUAUUAUGCAGCGUUGCUGCACUUCAGGUGUAUCUGCAGCUAGCAGAUGCUUCAUCUCUCUCAACUAUACAUCAACUCUUUUCUCUUGCUGGAGAGCUAUCUCUCUUAAAAAAGAAAGUUCUUGCUGCAGUUAGAAGAGAGGGAGAGGCCCUCCUUGCUACUCUAAAAAACCCCAGCAGCAGCAGCAGCAGCAGCAGCAGCAGCAGCAGCAGCAGCAGCAGCAGCAACAGACAAUUCAUUGAGAAGCUGCUAGAGAUGAAACAAACUCACGAAAAAAUAUUCUCCGUUGCAUUCGCCGCUAACCCCGACUUCCUCUUAGGCCUAAAGGAGGCUUGGGGGAGCUUUUUACUAGCAGAGAAUUUCAUAGUUAAGUCUAUUGCUCGUCUCCUUUCUCUACACGUUGAUGCAUUAAUAAGAAAGAGCGGAAAGGGUUUAAAGGGGGCCCCCAAGGGGCCCCCAUUUGAUGCUGAGGAGGAGUUAGAGAGAGUUGUAGGGUUGUUUGCUCUUAUAGCUGGAAAGGAAGCCUUUGAGCAAUUCUAUCGAGUAGAUCUCUCAAAGCGGCUGCUGCAGAUGGGGCUGGCGAAUGAAACCCUAGAAAGAACAUUUGUACAGAGACUCAGAGACGUGCUGCGGUGUAUGUACACCUCAGAGUGCGGGCCGCAGUAUACCAGCAAAAUGGAGGCAAUGCUCAGCGACAUAAAACUCUCUCAAGAACUCAUGCAGAAAAUGCGAGAGGAUGAGGCUGUGGGGUCUUCGCUGGCGGCAGAGAAGUGCAGUUUAUCUUUAAAGCUAAGCUGA